AGUUUGUUAUCGAAUAGUUCCGGAUCGAGUAGCGCGUUAUUUAUAUCACAAACAAAAUGUGGUGUAAAUUUACUCAAUUGAUCCUUUUGAUGGCUGGAGGGAAUCAAAUUGUGGCAGCUUUGGAGCCAGUUUUCAAUAUGACCGAAUACUACCAGCUGCCGAAGAUGUACCUCUUCGACGAUUACGAUCGAUGUCUGCAGGAAUUCGACCAGAAAGCCGUGUACUGUGUGGUAGAUUCCGUUAUAAAACCAAACAAAAGUGCUUUCAUAUGGCCACUAAUUCAAAAGUACUCCAACGAUAGUAAACGCAGCUUCCGGCACGAUCGACUGCAGCGAGGCAUUUGCAUGAACUGGUGCCACAAAACGAUGGCCAAAAUUGACCAUCGACGCAGCCAGGAUAAGUAUUUUUUGAAAAAGUUCGAAAUCAACAGCGAGAUUACUUUCGAACCGAACACAUUUCGGCAGGCUCUAGAUUGGCGGAAUCGGUAUCGAAGGUUGGCCAAUUUGUGCGUCAACUGGGAACUGAAACGUCAGUACUCGAUUAUGGCCUAUACUUCGGUCGAAUACUGUAUGACCAAUCGGGAGGAAGAACCCGUUGAUUUUUUGGAUGGCAUUUUCCUCGCCAUUCUUGGAACUAUUUUGGCAAUCAUUAUACUGUCUUCGUUCUACGACUUCAAGAUGAGAUUCAAACACGGAAGCGAUAUGAGAAGUAACGAGUACUAUCGGAGUCCACUUCCCAGAGGCCUUCCUCGAUAUCUGGUUGCAUUCUCGCUGACACGCAACUGGUACACCCUGAUGGCUAAACGUCGAACUUCGCUGGCCAAAGAUCUUCGCUUCCUACAGGGGGCCCGUUUCCUGGUCAUGUACCUGGUAAUAGCCGGCCAUUGCAUGCUGUUCAACUGUAUCUUUCCGCUGCUCAAUCCGGAGUAUGUGGAAUUCAACUACCGGCGCUUAAUCACGAUGCUGAUAUUCAACGGGAUAACGGUGAUCCAAACGUACUUCACGAUAAGUGGCUUUUUGUUGGCGGUGCAAUUUGUGGGUUACUGUGAGAACAGCAAGUCGUUUACGGUGAAGGAUUUUCUUGGCAGCGUCUGCUAUCGGUACCUGAGAUUAACCCCGCUAUACCUAUUUAUGAUCCUGUUGGAUUCCACUUGGCUCAUAAAAAUGCAAGAUGGCCCCAUCUGGAAACGGCUGGCCGAAACCGAACGAACCUUCUGCCGGAACAACUGGUGGGCCAAUCUCCUUUACGUCAACAACUACUUCACCGUGGAUGAACCGUGUCUCCAGCAGGGAUGGUAUCUGGCCACCGACUUCCAGCUGUUCCUGCUUGGCCUGUUGCUGUUGGCUUUUGUUCGAAGAUUCCCGAAACUGACGAAGCCGGCCUUCGCCGUUGCCAUUUCCGUCUCCAUUCUGGUGCCGGCGCUAGUGACCUAUUGGAACGAAUUCGAGGGGGUGGUCAUGAUACGACCCGAGUCGCUUAAAUAUGUGAUGUGGUAUGAUGAAAGCUAUCGGAAGAUGUACAUUCCUACUCAUACGAACUUGGGCAGCUACUUAGCUGGUUUGAUUGCCGGUUUGGCUUAUUACAGGCUUAAACAAAAUAAUUUUAAUGUUCGAAGUAAUAAAACAUUCGUAUUGAUCUGGUAUUGCUCGAUACCGUCGGCUAUCAUUCUGCUGCUAUCGGCUUACAUGUUCUAUGCCUACGACUUUCAAAAGCCAGCUUUCUGGAUUUCGCUUUACGCUGCCGUUUCCAAAAACCUUUGGGGAGCCAUCUUUGGUGUUUUGUUUCUGGGAGUCGCAUUUGGAGUUGGAGGUUUUCUGAAAAGAUUACUCAACAACCCAAUUUUCCGGCCCCUUGGCAAGAUUACUUACGCCGUAUAUCUGUGUCACUUGUUCAUAGUGAGAACGACCCUGGGUAACAUCCGGCAGCCAAUUUAUGUUAGCGAUGUUAGGAUUUUGGUCUCUACAUCUUCAACUCUGGUGCUGUCCUACAUAAUGGGACUACUUUUGUGUCUGAUGGUCGAAAUUCCUCUGUCAAACAUCCAGAAGGUAUUAUUCCACAAGAAAUCAGAAGAGUACUAUGAGGAAAAUGUGGAAAUGGAUAAAAACGGUGUUAAUAGCGAACAAACUGUAAAUAAAAAUACGAAAAACGAAGAAAGCAGCUGCUAAUUUACAAGUGAAAAUAAUAAUACAGGUCGGACUCGAUUCUACGUAGACUGGAUUAUCCGGUGCCUCUAAUAUCCGUGUAUUUUGACUCAUUUUGUUAAGUGAAUCUGUUAACAUUCAAAAUAAAUAAGAAAAUCAAUUUCUUAAUCAAAUUUUGAUGAACGACUA